UCGCACCCCGGAUUUCUAGACGCGCAACGUGCUGCAAUUCUGUGCGCUUGCACAACUAUUCAGUACUGAUAAUGCCGAUUCGUGACUACUGGCACAAAUAUGGAGGAUUAAGCGAGAUCAAUAUUUAAUAUUUCGCCAUCAAGAUUUUUCCAUUUCUUCCACCCUGGGAUUUCUCAUUUAAAGGCUCACCUCCUUUUUUUCUUCCCUCAAGCUACGGCGGGGUUUUCGAACAUGUUCAAGGGCGCUGCUCUUUUCUUGUUUCUCUUUACGGCUUCUGUCUUCGCCUUCCCUUUUCCUCAACGGAAGGUGUUACGCCGCCUUGCGCCUCAGCUCCGGGACCCUAUUCACGGAGAAACGAACGCGCAGCGACUCGCGAGGGGCUUGCCUCCUUUGCCCCCAGCUAGGAGGUGGAAUAUUGAAGCUUCACCAACUGAGACUGCCAAAAGGGCACAGGGCAGCGACACAUACUACUGGAGCGGCAAAAUUCAAAUAAAUUCCACGCAAGGCGGGAAAUCACUUGGAUACCUCGAGUUCAUCAACGGGUGGUACUCAAUAGGGGCGGAGGCCAACGGCGAUACUUUCUCGGCCUCCUUCCAUAAAAAUGGCAUCAGUCAGAGCGUGAGCUUUCGGAGUAAUUCAAAUGGCCAUCCCUAUUUGGCAGGUCUCGUAGAUCCGGGGGUUGCACUCGGUACUGGGAAGGGAACAUAUGCUUUUUUGGGAACUUCAUCAGUGCCAACUCAAGCCAAUGACACCCCUCAAUCUGAUGGCGUGGUUUCCUCUUCUGGAAAGCACUUUCUGACGGCGUUUUGGCAGUACGAUCCUACAACUUCCAUUAUCACAGCCACUGGAUGGGCAGAUAAUAAUACCAGUGAGUGUCUCUUUUUUUCCAUUCGGGGAUUCAUACCCUUGGCAGCGAAGGGCCUCUUUAUCCACAUUGCACCGCGACACUCACUUGGGGCACUUCCACACAGACACGCUAACGCUAUCAAUUAUGAGGGGAGAUUGGUACGCUAACAAGAUCUAUCUCACGGCAGAUCCGUCGACCAUCAUGGCCAAUGAUCGUACCACACAAAAUGUGAUUCUCUCUGCACAUCAUCUUGGUAUCUAGACAUCCAUCCAGUUAUGGAUCGUGACGACUUGAGAGUGGAGCAGUGUUUGGUGCAUUCCUUGGACAGAACGGACAAGCACACCCGAAUCGGACUUAC